AUGAGCUUUUGCCAAAUAAGACGGGAUAGUUUGUGGAGUGUUUUGCGGAGCGUCAGGACUCAGAGCCAACCCCUCACGCCUGGGCCCCGGCGGGCAGCAGGCCUUCCCACCCCUGCGAGUUGUGCCAGUCCAGGGCCAGAGACCCAGCGCCUCGCACGCCUGAAACUCUCCAAGGGCCAAGCCAGCUCCUCCUCCCCACCCCGGCCGGAACGUCCUUGUGGGGAAACUCCUGGGCCUGGGGGCCUGUUCGUGCAGCCUCUGCUCUCCCAGACCUCGACUCCAGGCUCCUCUGGCCCCCACCGGCUCCAGCAGAGGAGGCCUGGACCAGAGCUGGGCUCACCUCCUCCCCCACCGCCGUUGGAUGGCCCCUCUCUUCCCGGUUUGUGA